AUUCAGUGGUCUGUCUAGAUCGCACCUUUUCGAACUUGCACUGAGUGUGUGCGCCUUUCUUACCGAACACAAUUUCUACAUGAAGUCGGACUUUGCCAAGAUGGGUCAAUACAAUGACAAUCAUACGAUAGAUCUAUCGGCAAACAGUGCAGAUGGCGCUGCGUUCGAGGGCAAGACCGAGGCAGAUGCCGCAACGAGCACUGGAGCCACUGACAAGACAUGGACAUACCCUCACCCAACGGACUUCAAGCUCAGCGAGCAUUACAUCGACGAUGUCCAGAAACUGAAAGUCUGCAUUAUUGGGGCCGGGUUGGCGGGUAUCACGGCGGGUGUGCUGUUGCCUGCGAAGGUGCCUGGGAUCGAGCUUGAAAUCCUGGAGAAGAACAGCGAAGUCGGCGGAACCUGGCUUGAGAACAUAUACCCCGGCGUCAGAUGUGAUAUACCAAGCCACGUCUAUCAGGCCACGUUCUCGCCAAACACUGAGUGGAGUGAAGAAUAUGCCCAGGGCCCGGAAAUCUUAUCCUAUUGGAGAUCCAUCGCUCGGAAGUACGACGUCUAUUCCAAUAUCCGCUUUCGGACCAAGGUGAUCGGAGCGCACUGGGUGGCUCCAACAGCUCGCUGGAGGGUCGAAACGGUCGACCUUGAGACCGGCACAUCGUCAACUGAACAUUACCACUUCCUGAUCACCGCAAUCGGCCACUUUAACGAGUGGAAGCUUCCAAGCGAACAAGACUACCCGGGUAUCUCCAGCUUCAAGGGACUCCUCCGUCACUCUUCAGAUUGGGAUCCUACUUUCGAUCCCACUGGCAAAAGGAUAGCAACGAUAGGAAAUGGUGCUUCGGGGAUUCAGGUUACUACCGCUUUGCAGAAAGUUGCGGCGCACGUCGAUCACUACGCUCGGAGCAAAACCUGGAUCGCGGGAAGUUUUAAUCCGCGCCUGAAGGACCGAAGAGAAACUGCGAUGCCUAUCUCCAAAGACUUGCUCGCUUCUUUUAGUGAUCCAAGCAAGUACCUCCAAUGGCGAAAGGAGUUGGAGGAUAAUUUCUUCCGCAAUUUCGAUGGUCAAGUGAUAGACUCAGAGGCAAGCCGGAAUGCUCGAGAGUCCUUCGUCGAGACGACAAGAAGACGGGUCAAUGGCGAUGAGGAUCUACUGGCAAAGCUGAUUCCGGAUUUUCCACCAAACUGCCGAAGACUCACUCCAGGACCCGGUUAUCUUGAGGCGCUCACGCAGUCGAAUCUAGAGUAUAUUCAGACUCCCAUCAAGAGCUUCACCACGGAGGGUAUUGUGACAACUGACGGCGUACACCGCCCGGUCGACGCUGUAAUCUGCUCCACCGGAGCCAACGUAGACUAUGCACCACCGUUCCCUAUCACGUCCGGUGAUCUCGAUCUUUCUCAGGAUUGGAAGCCCACUGGCAAAUUCGGCUGGCCAUACUCCUACCUCGGACUCUGCACUCCUGGUUUCCCAAACUUGGCUUUCCUGCUGGGUCCCAACCCAGCCGGACUCAGCGGUACCGUACCCCAUGCCGUCGAAACGCAGGUCGUGUACAUCGCCAAAAUGCUCCGAAAGAUCUCCUCGCAACGCAUCCGAUCUAUGCAGCCUAGCAAAGAAGCCACAGAUGACUUUGUCACCUAUUGCGAUGCUUUCUUCCCUAGGACGAACCUCAGCCUCAACUGCAGCUCGUGGUCAAACGGCGGGAGACCGGGUGCGAGAAUCCAUGGUCAUUGGCCGGGAUCAGGAGGACAUUCGGCUGUCGCCCGACAAGAUCCGAGGUGGGAAGAUUUUGAGUACGAGUACGAAAGGCCAGAGUGCCGCUUUGCGUACUUUGGCAACGGUCAGACGAGAAAGGAGACGCUCCCGGAUAGCGACAUGACGCCUUAUUUGAUGCUUGAUCAAGAUCUGCGGGAUGUUCAUGAGAGGUGGUAUCAUUAG